CCCCGAGUUGAUGUUGCGGCAUUUACGACACGACUGGUUUACGGCAGGCUGUUUCUCAUCACUUAGGUUCAAGAUGGCUUCGUCGUUUUGGAAAGGUGUUGUCGGUAUCGGACUUUUUGCCUUGGCGCAUGCGGCUUUCUCCGCAGCACAACAUCGAGCUUAUAUGCGACUGACAGAGAAGGAAAACGAGACUCUUCCAAUCGAUAUUGUAUUACAGACUCUUUUAUCGUUCGUGAUGACCUGUUACGGUAUCGUCCACAUCGCUGGAGAGUUCAAGGACAUGGAUGCCUCCUCAGAACUAAAAACCAAGACAUUCGAUACACUGAGGAACCACCCGUCCUUCUACCUUUUCAACCACCGGGGCCGGGUGCUUUUCCGCUCGUCAGAAGAGGAGCCGUCCUCUGCACAUAAUCAGCAAGCGCUUCCCAACUCCAUACGGCUACGCAAACUGGAGCAUUUGCACUGAGACUGGCCUUUUGGUUUUUUCUUCCUGUGACUCCAUCUACGUCAAAAAAAAAAAA